GUUCGUUGCCGGUGCCGAUGAAGGCGAUGAUGAUGCCGAGGAUAUUUUCAAGGAGGCUGCAGAGACCAUUCCUAUCGGUGUGGAUGGCAAAUCGCAGCUACAGAUCUUCCGGCAAGCAGGUGGCAAGAGCAAAAACAGCAAUGUGGACAAGAUCAAGGGCUUGAAGAAGGCGAAGGCUGAGCAUUCGAAGCCGGAGUCGGAGCACAAGGAGGGCGGCGAGCCCGAGGUGGCACCGGCUGUGCGGCUUCGCCGCAAAUCUGCUUUCUUGGGAUUGCCUGCAGAUUUCGAUGGCGACUCGGAUGGACCCCCUGGCAAGGAUGUGCCGAAAGCCAAGGGAAAAGCAGACAAGAAAAAGAUCGGCAAGAAGGACGACCCGAAGACCGAUGCGAAGCGAGGCAAGAAGGAUGACCCGAAGGCCGAUGCAAAGCUCGGUAAGAAGGAUGACCCGAAGGCCGAUGCAAAGCGAAUCCAGAAGGAUGACCCGAAGACCGAUGCAAAGCGAAUCAAGAAGGAUGACCCGAAGGCCGAUGCAAAGCUCGACAAGGAGGAUGACCCAAAGGCCGAUGCAAAGCUCGACAAGAAGGAUGACCCGAAGGCCGAUGCAUCCAUGGAGGCGAAGACAAAGGGCAAGCCGAGCCAGAGAACCAUCGACAGGAAGAGGGUGGUGAGCCGAGCAUAUCAUGUUGCUUACGAGGCGGCCCUCAAGAGAAACAUCGGGGAGGAUGCUGCCAAAGAGGAGGCCAGGAAGGCUCAUGCAGAAGCCGGCAAGAAGUUUGACAAUGAGAAUCCGAAAAAGUAG